CCAGGGCAUGUUCAGCGGGAAGUACGAGUGGUCCGGAGACCGCGAGGCCGGGGACUGCUCCAUCAGGAUCUUCGACGCCAGCGAGGUGGACGACGGCGACUGGGAGUGCCAGGUGACCGCCUCCUCCUUCACGGCCCACGACGCCCUCACCUCCAGGAUAGCCGAGCUCGUCGUCAGAGUGGCCCCCAACCGCCCCCAGAUGGAGGUGGAGACGCUGCAGGUGGCGUCAGGCCAGAACUUCACCGUGCAGGAGGAGCGCACCGGCAAGAUCAAGUGCAUCUCCCGCUUCGGCAAUCCUCCGGCGGAGAUUAAGUGGUUCAUCGGCGAGGAGGAGCUGCCCGCCGAGGAGUACGAGCAGACCAACGUGACGGAGGCGGAGCGCAGCAAGACGUGGAUGGCGGUGUCGGCGCUGGAGCACACGUACCACAAGGAGGACCACGGCCUCCCGCUCCGAUGCGUCGCCGUCCACCAGGCCUACCGCACCAAGUCCGAGUCCGUCGAGGUCAUUCUCGACGUCCAGUACGCUCCCACCGUGACCCUGGAGGGCGCCCCGUCCGGAGACAUCGAAGAGGGCGUGGACGAUGUGACGCUGCGUUGCCUGGUGGACGCCAACCCGGCUGCCAAGGUGGUGUGGCGUGUGCUGGGCGAGACGGACGUGUUCAGCUUCCUCCCGGAGGUAAAGUUCAGCCCCGCGUCCCGCAGACACUCCGCCACAUACACCUGCGAAGGAAGGAACUCCGUCGGCGCCUCCGACCCCAUCUCCGUCAAGAUCGAUGUCAAGUAUGGUCCUCGAGUGUUGCAGGUGGGCCCGGCUCCUGUCAUGACGGUGGCGCUGCACAACCACACCCUCCUCGAUUGCCUGGCGGAGGGGAACCCGCCCCCCAAGUACAUGUGGAGACAGACGGUGCCUGACACGCAGGAGGUGCUCAUGCGCGGCACCAACUCGACUCUGCUGCUGGAGGACGUGACGUACGAGCACCAGGGCCAGUACGAGUGCGUCGUCUCCAACACCAUCAAAGGCGAGGAGAUCGAGGAGAUAAGCAUGCCCAUCACGCUGGAAGUCGUUGGUGCUCCCCAGGUCCUGAGGUAUACGGUGGAGCGCAACGUGCAGGUCGAGAAAGGGGAAGACGCCCUCAUCCAGGUGAUGUUCUGCUCCGACCCGCGGCCGCUGCGCACCACCUGGGAGUGGGGCUCCCUGCAGCUGGAGGCAGGCAACGACAAAGGACGCUACGUCGCCGAGAACCUGGCACAGCAGGACACGCGCGAGGACUGCUACGCGGCGAGGCUGAGGGUGCAGCACGCGGACGUGGCCGACGCCCGCGACUACAUCCUGAACGUGGAGAACGACAAGGGCAAGGACCGCUACGCCGUGGGUCUCAGAGUGAACGGACAUGUAGACAAGCCCCCACUACAGCGUGUCCCUCCUUCAGCAGAACCCGUGUCCAUGUCCACCGUGAUCGGCAUCGUCAUCGCUUGCCUCGUCGUGCUCGUGAUCGUCACCCUCUUCGUCCUCUACGCCUUCAAGACCGAGAAGUGGUGUUUCUCCCGGGUUUCGUCUCCAUGGCGGAGGUGGCGAAAAUCUCGGAAAAUAAGUUCUUCAGAGCGAGGAGAUUUCAAGCCCACAGACCUGGAAAGUGAUAAGAGCGACAUUGAGAGCCAGAAGGGAAAUAAUGGUAGGCAUCAGUAUAGUGCAACGGGAUCAGGUGCUGGUAGGAGUGGAGGCAAGACCAUGGUUGCAGGAUCCCUUGCCUCCAUCCCUCCCGACGCCCUUUACACAACCACGUCCAAGCAUACCAGUGUGUCCACUCUGUCCUCUAAACCUGACCAUGAGUAUGAGAACUUGAAGAUAAUGCCAACACCAAUGGGAACACAAAACUUGUGCCAGGAAACGAGAAGCAGCAGCAGUUGCAGCAGCCGCAGCAGCAAUCCGGAGAGAAGAGAUGAGCUUAACACAGCCCUCGGAGAGCCCGGAGAGAGCAGGGAGGAGGAGGAGGAGGAGGAGCAAGAGUCGGCCAGUGAGCAAGGGGAGAGCAGCAACAGCAAUCUAAAAAAGGGCGAAUUGCACACAUUCAAGAGGCAUAACGACCAGCAGAGUGAUGCUAAAGACUUACCUAGAAAUUUCAAGAGCUCUCCAUACGUGCCAGUAUAUAAGCCUAAUCCCGACCGAAUCAGUUCACCUUAUGCCGAUAGAAUGAAAUCGACAGCAACGGCCAGUGUACGGAGACCAAGCACGGGCGUUGUGUAUGCAGAACUUCAGCUUCCACGAGCAUCAAACAACGGUUCCAUGAGACGUGGAGACCAGAGAACUCCGCUCCAGAAGACACAAUAUGCAGAGAUUACGUUUCAAGGCCGACCGCUUCAGACCGCUGAGAUAUGAUAAUACCCCAUGAGGAUUUUAUUAAUAGUUUGGGCAGGGUGUCGUGGGUUGUUUCCUUCCUAGCUGUGCUUUUUUUUUUCUUUCUUUUUUUGUAUUUUGGUCAAGUAAUGAUCUUUGUAAAGGUGUUUUGUGAAUGCAGUUUACGUAUUUUUGGCUACGGAAAAAAAAUAUUGAAGCCUUGAAAUUCCAUGAAGCACCUAUUUUACUGCACUUUGAUUUUAAAUUCCGGCCAGUUGAAUGGAAGCCAGUUAAAGGAAAACAAGGUUAUUACAACAAUUUUGAUGAAAAAUUUUGACGCAUUAGAAAUUCUUAUAGAGUUCAUAGAUUAACAAAGAUUACUCUUGUAUUCCAAUUUAAAUUGCAAUCUGUGUAGAACGAAUAUAAAUGAUAUGAUAGUUUAAACAUGAAGCCAAACUUUUAAAAUCUAUAAAUGAUCUAUUCCAAUGGAGAAGGGCUUCACUUAGAAUUAAGAAAUGGUGGUGUAAGAGCUAUUUGUAUGAAUUGUUUAUAUAGAUAAUUUGAAUAUGACAGCAUUUUUUAGGGGCAAUUUUAGAUCUAGAUUUCUGACUUCAUAAUUAUAGUAUGCUGUAUGUAAAACUAUUUCGUAAGGAGUAAGUGAUAACUGUCUAGUUUUGAACUGCAUCCAGAAUAACCUGCAAAAAUGUGUAAGUGUGUGUUGCUUUUUAUGUAUUUCAGCCAAAGUUCUGAAGCUUUUUCCAAGUCUGCACACAUUUCCUUUGGUUUCAUUUUAUUGAUUUACUCCAUCACUGUGUCCUAUGCAAUGAGAUGGUCCAUUUUUUGCGUAUGUGAAAAGUGCAGUCUUUGUAUGUGACAAGCAAUGCAUUUCAUCCAAGGUAUAAACCACUGCAAUAUUGUAGACUAGCUACAGUUUGCUUGUCUUUGGGCUGUUCUUACUUUCCAGAUGAAUGCUGCUGCUUUUGUCCUUUUUGUCCAGACUAAUUUCUCCUUUCCAAAGAUCUUCAUUUAAUGUUAGGGUGAAUGUACAUAUAACGUAUACAGAUCACUUAUUCAACCAAUGCUUCAUGAUGUUCCUUUGCAGGCUUCCUGCAUGGUACGUGAUAUGUGGAACUUCACUUUUUUAUUUACAAUAAACAGGCAUAAGAAUGUGUUAAUACCAUUUAUCAAGGUACAGUGGCUUCAAAAAAUUCACUAUGGUAAAUAAGUAAAAGAGAAAUAUGCAUGUAACAUUCUCUAUAAUCACAACAUUCACACCAUGGUGAUGGUAUUAAUGCUCUGGCUUCAGAUUUAUGUGCAUGCAGAAGGUUCAUUUGUCCUUGGUUCAGGGUUUAUCCAUAUCCUCAAUUUUAGUACACUAGCGUAACAAGUAUGACCGCAUUCCGAUUACUUUUUAGUUCAUAGUGAUUUGAUUACUUAAUGUAUGAAAUGAUGCAAUAACGAAAUUUGUUAAAAGCUGGAAGUAUUAGCAACAUAAAUGAUGCUCAACUGAAUUUACUUGACAUUCCCAUACCCAUCUCAAUCCAAGUGUUCCACAAUAUAAGCAUUUACAUAUAUAAUAUAGGUAUUGCUGAUAAUAUUAAAAAUAAAUAAUAUUUAUUGACAGGGCAUGUUCAAAUUAAAUUCACUUUGCAUUGUGCCUAGGGUGAGGAAAUCUACAAAAUUAUGUCUAGAACUUGGCUUCCUUUCAUGAUAGUUACUUGGGUUCCACAAGAAAGCAAAAGUGCCUUCUGGUCAUCUAGCUAGCACUUCACACACUUGUUACCAACAUUAUGUCAGACUCCAGUUGUCCUGUCGGAUAGGCUCACCUUAAUGAAGGAGAAAUACUUUUCAAAAGACAAGUUAUGUACAUUGAACCCAAGUGCCUAUUGUUGCUGAGGUUGUCUUUGGUUAUGUUAGUCAUUUUAUAAUUAGCUAAGUCAUAUGCCUCAUUUAUCUUAACAGUGUCCUGUGAAUUACAAUUAAGCUUAAUUUGGUCAAAUUUUGAUUUGUAAACCAAGAGGGUAUCUUUUAUAUAACUUUGUAUAUAUAUUUGUAUAUGCUGAAGUAAAUGGGUGCAACAAUUUA